UGACAGUGUUCAGUUAAGUGCUGAUAUGAAUAAAGUUGUCUGAGCACUUUGUAGUAUAACUUAUUGUGGUUUACGGCUGAUAAAAAUUUCAGAAAAUUAGGAGUGCCGAAAACUAUGGAUGUGGAAGCGUUGAAACAGCGGCUGAAUGGGGCAGGGCAGGGGCACCUUCUGCAGUUCUGGGACUCCCUCUCUUCAGAAGAGCAGACCGCCUUCUUCAACGAGCUCAGCCACAUGAACUUUGAAGAGAUCAAUGGCUUCUUUGAGACGGCCAUGCAGUCUCUGAAGCAUGUGGCCGACAAGAUUGAUGACCUGCUGGAGCCUCUGCCAGCUGAUGUGUGUGGCAGUGUUACUCGGACAGAUCACCAGAAGCAGCAAGAAUACACUGCUACUGGGUUGCAGGCGAUCGGUAGCAGCAGCGUUGCCGUGCUCCUGCUGGCAGGGGGCCAGGGCACAAGACUCGGGGUAGGGUACCCAAAGGGCAUGUACAAUGUGGACCUCCCCUCGGCCAAAACCCUCUACCAGCUCCAGGCAGAGAGAAUACUCAAAGUGCAGGAAAAUGCUAAAGAGCAUACAGGAAAAUCAUGUGAAGUACCUUGGUACAUCAUGACAAGUGAGCACACAAAAGAGCCAACCAGGCAGUUCUUUGCGAGUCACAACUACUUCGGCCUCAAGGAGAGUAAUGUGGUCCUCUUUGAACAGAAUCUGCUCCCCUGUAUAGGAUUUGAUGGGAAAAUAUUCCUCGCAAACCCACACAAGGUUGCCCUAGCUCCAGAUGGUAAUGGUGGAUUAUACCGAGCCUUGAGAAGCAGCAUUGUACUUGCGGACAUGGAGCGACGGGGCAUCCAAUAUGUGCACGUGUACUGUGUGGACAACAUACUCGUCAAGAUGGCCGACCCACUCUUCCUCGGCUUCUGUAUAAACAAGGGAGCUAACUGUGGAGCAAAGGUUGUGGAGAAAGGUUUCCCGACGGAGGCGGUUGGCGUGGUGUGUAAGGUGGAGGGGAAGUACCAGGUGGUGGAGUACAGUGAGAUCACACUCCCCACUGCCGAGAAGAGGAACUCUGAUGGUCGCCUCACCUUUAAUGCUGGCAACAUCUGCAACCACUUCUUCACCAUGGACUUCCUGAAAAUGGUGUCAGACCCAUCACAGGAAUCUCAACUUAAACACCAUGUUGCCAAGAAGAAGAUUCCCCAUGUUAAUGCUGCCGGCGAACAGAUGAAGCCCAAUGAGCCCAAUGGCAUCAAGAUGGAAAAAUUUGUCUUCGAUGUUUUCCAUUUUACCACGACGUUUGCGGUGUGGGAGGUCCUGAGAGAGGAAGAGUUCUCCCCCCUGAAGAAUGCGGACGGGGCUGCGAAGGACACUCCAACCACAUGUCGCAGUGACCUGUACAACCUUCACCGGAGCUGGCUCCAGCGAGCAGGUGCAACCUUCACCCACAACGAUGGCUCACCUAUUCCUCCUAUUGCCAGCAGUAACAGCAGCAAUGCUGGAGCAGGAGACAGCCAGCGGACUUGUGAAGAGUUCAAUGAGAUAGUGUGUGAGGUAUCCCCGCUCGUCUCCUAUGGUGGAGAGGGUCUUGAUACUAUUGUGCAUGGGAAGUCAUUCCUCCCUCCAGUUUGUAUGGAGAGGGACGGAGCAGGAAAGGUCAAGGUCACUAACGGAACCAGCUGAUUGGCUCACCUUUUUCACAUGACCUAAGUAGACAUUACAUAUUAUAGACUAGAGAUUGUGAGAAAGAUUACAACACUGCAGCAACAACCUUAUAUUGACCAUUAAAAGUAAUGUGGAACAAAUCAUAACAGCUUUAAGAAUGGUUUUGCUGUGGUAACCCUAGCACAGCAUGACAUUUUGUGUUGAAACUUAUGAAUAUUAUUAUUUUGUAUUUAUAUAUUUUUAAUAAUUUUAAGUCUGCAAUCUCUUGUUAGUUUUUACUAUAUGAUAGUAGUUGAAUGAUAUUUUAUAUUUAUUUAUAAAUAAUUUUAAUUUUAUUAAUUGAAUAGAGAACACUGUCAAACAUUAUCUUUAAGUGACUAAUGUCAAAUUAGUUAUAUAGUCUACUAAUAAUAUUGCAUAUUAAUUUAUUGUUAAAUACUAUGAAAUCUAAUGUUUUAUAUCUUUAUAUAAACUGUUCGAUUUGGAAUUUUUCGAAGGCAGACAAACUUCUAAUUUUAUUUAAUGGAGUUCCUUGCUAAAAUUUAGUGCUAACAACAUUCUGUUUCUUGUGCCAUUUGAUUUUAUUGUGUUUAAAAUAUGAUCAAAUUGCCCAGAUUCGAAAAGAAAAAUGUUUGGAGCUAAUGUUAGUUCUUCUUAUCUGGUUUGGAUUUUAAACUGUUCAAGGAGCCCAGCAUCAAAUGUUGCAUCAGUACGGGCGUGAAUUGGAUUGAAUUGAAUCAACCAUGUUGAACAUACAUGCUUUUUCCACAAAUAUGAACUUAAUGUCAUUGCCCAUACUUUUUACUUUGAAAAAAUAAAACCAACUAUACGAAGCCGCUAUAUAUAUAUAUAUAUGUGUGAGUGUGUGUGUGUGCGUGCAUGUGUGCGUGUGUUGGUGUGUGUCCUACCAGGAUAGGUAAACAGCCAGAUUUUCAAGCCUGGAAAAAAUCAAAUAGAAAUUCUGUAUGUGUAUACUUAUGUAUAUGCAUAAUUAUUUUUAGCUCGACUAUUCGAAAAAUAAGGAGAGCUAUCCUAGUCACCCGAGCGUCGGCGUCGGCUUAACCAUUUAUGUUAAAGUUUGCGUACCACCUCAAAUAUUUUCAAAGUCCAUUGACAUAUGGCUUUGAAACUUUGCACACUUGUUCACCAUCAUGCCCCCAACCUGUACACAGGAGGAGGUAACUUUAUCAAGCAUUUUGACAAAAUUAAGCCCCUUUUUCGACUUAGAAUUUACGUUUAAGUUUACGUACCACCUCAAAUAUUUUCAAAGUCCAUUGACAUCUGGCUUUGAAAUUUUGCACACUUGUUCAACAUCAUGCCCCCAACCUGUACACAGGAGGAGGUAACUUUAUCAAGCAUUUUGACAAAAUUAUUCCCCUUUUUUUACAUAAAAUUUACGUUCAAGUUUGCGUACCACCUCAAAUAUUUUCAAAGUCCAUUGACAUCUGGCUUUGAAACUUUGCACACUUGUUCACCAUCAUGCCCCCAACCUGUACAUAGGAGGAGGUCACUGUAUCAAGCAUUUUGAUAAAAUAAUGCCCCUUUUUCGACUUAGAAUUUACGUAAAAGUUUGCGUACCACCUCAAAUAUUUUCCAAUUAAAUAUCUCACCACAUCAUGUAUUGCAUUGAAAUCUAAUAUAACAGUUCAUGCAUGUUUCGCCAAAAACUUUCAAUUCAUACACUGAAAAGCGGCGGAAUAGUCGAGCAUGCUGUCUCUGUGACAGCUCUUGUUUAUGUAGAGUUGUGAAUUUCCAUAGAAUGCAUAAUGGUCUAGUAAUAAAUAAGUUACAAUAGGUGCAAUCUCGCUGUUAAAGCAAUUUUCUAACCUGACCGGUGGUUUAUUAAAUUUUUGUCCUGAAGUAAUUGAAUGAGAUUUUAAAUGAAUAUGAUGAAAUAUUUGUAAACUAUUAUGCAUGUUUUUUCAUUGAUUUAUUCGUAACAUUCCCUGGAAAGUUUUGAAGUGUUACAUUUGACAUUAAAAGCUCAUGACCAGUA